GCAGAGAGGAACAAGUUUCCAGACUGGACCUUCAAGGGGAGCUCCCCAAAGGCGGUCUGGCUGCUGCUCCCGGUUUGGCUCCCGGGGGCGUGGUUCCGGGGAGUCUAGCGACAGAAGCACCAGAGCUGUCAGCAACAGUAGGACCGGCGUCGUCAGAGCCAGGGCAGGAUGAGCGGGAGGGAGCGUGCCGUGGCGGCCUGCCUUCCGGAGUCUCGCCACCUGCAGCAGCUGCCUCCAAGGACUCUCCUCUCGAAGGUCACCUGAGCGGAGAGGAGAGUCGCUGUGCGCAGCAGGGGCCCAACAAGCCCCAGCAGGAACGGGCAGGUGUGUCGCAAGCCGGCGGCCGGCAUGAAGAAGCAUGUCUCAGGGAUGCAGAGCUUUCUCAAGCCGCUGACGCUCAGCCCCCGCUCCAGGGGUUGGGUAAGACAGAGAAGGCAAGUGGGAACACAGAGGUGACCCCACCUUGUGGGCCUGACUCAGUCGCCCUCCUGGAUGCAGCUCAGAGCCCGCCAGCCCCGGCGCCCGCCAGCCUUAGAGUCACACCCAGCCAGGAUGCCCCAGACACAGAGGCGUGUGGGGAAACGCAGGGAGGCGGGCAGCAACCCGUGCCGGCCCCGCAGAAGGAAAUGGAGCUCCCCACCGCCUCGGACGCCGAGGCCCCGAUGCUCCUGGGAAGUUUCCCAGCGGCCAAGGAUCAAGGUGCGGACUGUGGGGCUGCCGAGACUGGUGGGAAUGCUGAGGGAGGGGAGCUGGGGGUGCGGCGGGCUCCGGAGGGGCCCAGGGAAGCUGCUCUGAGUGGCGCCUCCCCUGGGAAGGAAGAUUCUACUUUUGCCCCGAGUGAGCCAAGCCGAGCAGCGCAGCUCUCGGCCAGCUGCCAGGAUGCCUCGCUGCCAGCCAAAGAACUGGGGGGGAUUCCCAGGAGCAAGGUGGAUAUUUCUGCAGCCCAGGCUGUCCCCGACCCAAAGAGACCCCUGCCACCUGGGCCACCAGAAGAGGCCGCUCCAGACACUCCUUACCUGCACAUCGAUGGUGCUGCCGGGAAAGGCGCAGGCCCUCGUCCCAUUGAAGAGCCCCUGCCGGCCUCGGGACAGGCCACCUCCAUGAAGCUUUCUGCCGGCUUGCUCGCCCCUCCCUCACGACCAGGAGCAGCCAGCGCGGAGGUCUCUGUGGUGCAAGCGAGCAGUGGAAGCCCCAAAACUGGAAACAUUGAGGGACCCGCAGGCUCCAUCCCCUACCUGGACAGGGCGCCCCUUCUGAUGGAGAGUAAGCAGAUGACAGGGGAGGAGGAGGAGGCAAGAGCGCCGGGUGCAGACACCCAGCCUGGCGGGAUGCCAGUGCACCCCAUCAGCAAGGAGAGCUUGGCAGGUGAGGCAGCAAGGGAGCCGGAGGGCAGUGGGGAGAGGAUGGUAGACCCUCCCGAAGAUCCACGGAGAGGUGCGUCAGGCGGUGUGGACGCAAGCUCCAAGCAGAUCGGCAUGAUCACGGGGUUCCCUGACUUCAGGGAGCACAUCACCAAGAUCUUUGAGAAGUCUGUGCUCAGAGCCCUGACCACCGAUCGGCCCCAGAGCACAGCGGGAGAAAAGGCAGGAGCCGAGGGGAGCCUGAAGGGCCGGGACCUCACCGGGCCACGCCCAGAGAAGACUCCAGGUGGGACUCAAGGAGUGGCCAUCGCCCCUCUCCUUGCCGUUCCUUCCGGACUCGGGGUGGACACAAAGGAAAAGAAGCAAGAGUUGCCUACAGAGGCUAAGCUCCCCUGUCUGGUCCCCCAGGAUCUUGCUCCGGAAAGGCUGCCAGGCUCGGCAGCGCCAGCCUCUGAGCCGACCCUGCCAGGUGCCGGUGUGGGAAAGGAAAUGACCAGUGUCCCACCGAUGGUGCAGGACGGUGAGAAGCCAGAUGGGGCUGGGGAGGCCGGGCCGGGGUGCGCAGGCCAGGCCCCCUCCCAGCAGGCUGGGGGCCAGCGAGAACGAGCCUCAGGUCCUUCCCUGCCCACCGCCGUUCUGGAGACUCCCGUGGGAAAAGCUGCGGACUUCCAGGGGGAGCCCCAGAGCCACCAAGAAGGGGCCUCCGUUCCAGAAGGCAGAAUUCCUCCUGGAAUAUGCUCCCAGGACCGUCAACCCGGGGAGGAUGGUGCCUGGGGCUUUGCUCACACAGGGGGUCCGAGUGACGUGCCGGUGUCCACCUCUGUCCUGGAAGCAUCUUCUCCCCACAGUGGGGUUUCAACUGUGGCCGAGGCCGUCUGUGCACCCGGGACCCCCGCCGCCCCUGGGGGCGAGCAGAGGCGUGGAGGUGGUGCCCUGGGUGAGCCGGGUGCUCCUGAGCCAGAGGCUGUGGAAGUAGCAGCCACGCCCCCGGAGCCGGAGCCCGGCUUGGGGGCAGGAGCUGCUGGGGAAGCAGACGGUGACGUCACAUCGAGCACAGCUGAGACCGCGGCACGUGUGGCUGGGGACCUGCCCGAGACAGGUACAACAAGGAUGUUCUCUGGUGCUGCUCACGGGGAUGUAGGCUGCUCUGCUGGUGCCCCAGGCUCGGAGGAUGCUGCUACUCUGCCGGGGGCCAGCCCGGCGGGGCACCUGCCAGCUAAGGAGCAGCCCGGGCCCCAGCCCCCCACUCCUGUUGGGGGUGGGAAGGUGCACAUCUCUUCACCGCUGGAACCUGACAAGGCUCGGGACCCGAGACCCCAAACCCUGGCUCCGGGAGUGCUCCAGGCCGAAAGAAGCAGCCCCAGGCCUGGCCUAUCCACCUUACCUUCCAUUCCCGAGAAGGAAGCUCCAGAUGCCCCAGACGAGGUCAUCUCAGACGCGGCCAGAAGCGUGGGAGGAGCAGAAAGGUCACAUGUAGCAGAUGAUGUCAUCCAGCCAGCUGCCCUUGAGGACCUGGAAAACCCACUGUUAGCUGCCUCUUCACACCACGGUGAUGCCCUCAGCCGGGUCUCCAGGGAUGUGACGGCCCAGAGGAGUUCUGACUCUGAAGAAGCAUUUGAGACCCCCGAGUCGACGACUCCUGUCAAAGCUCCACCAGCCCCUCCCCCACCGCCCCCCGAAGUCACUCCAGAACCUGAGGUCAGCGCGCAGCCCCCCCCGGAAGAACCAGGCUGCGGUUCCGAGCCGGCCUCUGUCCCCGAUGGCCCACGCAGCAGCUCGGUGGAAGGGAGCCCCUUCCGCCCCCCGUCACACUCCUUCUCCGCCGUCUUUGAUGAAGACAAGCCUAUAGCCAGCAGCGGGACUUACAACUUAGACUUUGACAGCAUCGAGCUGGUGGACGACUUCCAGAGCUUGGAGCCCCGCUGCUCAGACUCUAAGAGUCAGGAAUGCAAAGUGAACACGCGGAGGAAAUCCACCGAUUCUGUGCCCGUCUCCAAGUCCACGCUGUCCCGCUCUCUUAGCCUGCAAGCCAGUGACUUUGAUGGUGCUUCUUGCUCAGGCAACCCCGAGGCCGUGGCCCUGGCCCCAGAUGCAUAUAGCACAGGUUCAAGCAGUGCUUCCAGCACCCUUAAGCGAACUAAAAAGCCAAGGCCGCCUUCCUUAAAAAAGAAGCAGACCACAAAGAAACCCACCGAAACCCCCCCAGUAAAAGAGACACAACAGGAGCCAGUGGAGGAGAAUACUGUCCCCAGUGAGGAGAAUCGAGCGCUAGAGACAAAACCGGAAUUGGCCAAGACGGAGGGUUCUGUCCCAGCCCUCUUGGAGGAGACGCCCCUGGAACCCACUGCUGUGCCCAAGGCUGCCUGCCCUCUGGACCCCGAGGGUGCCGAAGGGGCCAUCCCCCCAUCUUCUGGAAGUGGCAGAGUGCAGAACUCACCUCCGGUUGGAAGGAAAACGUUGCCCCUUGCCACGGCUCCAGAGGCAGUGGAGGUGACCCCAUCAGAUAGUGGGGGGCAGGAGGACUCCCCAGUCAAAGGGCUCUCGGUGAGGCUGGAGUUUGACUAUUCUGAGGACAAGGGUAGUUGGGAUACCCAACAGGAAAACCCUCCUCCUACCAAAAAGCUAGGCAAAAAGCCGGUUGCCAAAAUGCCCCUAAGGAGGCCAAAGACGAAAAAAACACCCGAGAAACUCGACAACACUCCUGCCUCGCCUACCAGAUCCCCCGAUGAACCCAACGACAUCCCUAUCGCCAAAGGUACCUACACCUUUGAUAUUGACAAGUGGGAUGACCCCAAUUUUAACCCUUUUUCUUCCACCUCAAAAAUGCAAGAAUCUCCCACACUGCCCCAGCAGUCCUACAACUUUGACCCAGACGCCUGUGACGAAUCCAUUGACCCUUUUAAGACGUCCUCUAAAACCCCCAGCUCGCCUUCUAAGUCCCCAGCCUCCUUUGAGAUCCCGGCCAGUGCCAUCGAAGCCAAUGGAGCGGACGGGGAUGGGCUGAACAAGCCCGCCAAGAAGAAGAAGACCCCCCUAAAGACUGACACAUUUAGGGUGAAAAGGUCGCCAAAACGGUCUCCUCUCUCUGAUCCACCUUCUCAGGACCCCACGCCAGCGGCGACACCAGAAACGCCGGUCAUCUCCGCGGUGGUCCACGCCACCGAUGAGGAGAAGCUGGCGGUCACCAACCAGAAGUGGACGUGUGUGACGGUGGAUCUGGAGGCUGACAAGCAGGACUACCCGCAGCCCUCGGACCUGUCUACCUUCGUCAAUGACACCAAAUUCAGCUCGCCCACAGAGGAGCUGGAUUACAGAAACUCCUAUGAAAUUGAAUAUAUGGAGAAGAUUGGCUCCUCCUUACCUCAGGAUGAUGAUGCCCCGAAGAAGCAGGCCCUGUACCUUAUGUUUGACACGUCUCAGGAGAGCCCGGUCAAGUCUCCCCCCGGCCGGACGUCAGAGUCCCCGACGCCGUGUUCAGGGUCAAGUUUUGAGGAAACCGAAGCCCUUGUAAACACAGGGGCAAAGAUCCAGCAUCCUGUCCCACGAGGACUGGCACCCAACCAAGAGCCACACUUGCAGGUGCCAGAGAAAUCCUCCCAGAAGGAGCUGGAGGCCAUGACCUUGGGCACUGCUUCAGACACAAUUGAAAUUACAGCUCCUGAGGGCUCCUUUGCCUCUGCUGACGCCCUCCUCAGCAGGCUAGCUCAUCCAGCCUCUCUCUGUGGUGCGCUUGACUAUCUGGAACCCGACUUAGCAGAAAAGAACCCCCCAGUAUUUGCCCAGAAACUUCAGAGAGAAGCUGCUCACCCAACAGAUAUCUCCAUCUCCAAAACAGCCUUGUACUCCCGCAUCGGGACCAGUGAGGUGGAGAAGCCCGCAGGCCUUCUGUUCCAGCAGCCUGACCUGGACUCCGCACUCCGGAUUGCUCGAGCAGAGAUCAUAACCAAGGAGAGAGAGGUCUCAGAGUGGAAGGACAAAUACGAAGAAAGCAGGCGGGAAGUGAUGGAAAUGAGGAAAAUAGUGGCAGAGUAUGAGAAGACCAUCGCUCAGAUGAUAGAGGAUGAGCAGAGGGAGAAGUCCGUCUCCCACCAGACUGUCCAGCAGCUGGUCCUGGAGAAGGAGCAAGCUCUGUCCGACCUGAACUCUGUGGAGAAGUCUCUGGCUGACCUCUUCAGGAGAUACGAGAAGAUGAAGGAGGUCCUCGAGGGUUUCCGCAAGAACGAGGAGGUGCUGAAGAAGUGUGCCCAGGAGUACCUGUCUCGCGUGAAGAAGGAGGAGCAGAGGUACCAGGCCCUGAAGGUGCACGCGGAGGAAAAGCUGGACAGGGCCAACGCCGAGAUCGCGCAGGUCCGAGGCAAGGCCCAGCAGGAGCAGGCUGCCUACCAGGCCAGUCUGCGGAAGGAGCAGCUUCGUGUGGACGCGUUGGAGAGGACGCUGGAGCAGAAGAAUAAAGAGAUAGAGGAACUCACCAAGAUUUGUGAUGAACUGAUUGCCAAAAUGGGGAAAAGCUAACUUUGAACCAAAUGUUUGGACUUGACCCUUGCGUGCAAUAUGACCGUCGGCUCCCUGCUGUCCCUCCGGUUACGUCGGACAGGCUCUGUCUUCACUUUUUCGUAUGCACUACUGUAUUUCCUUUCUAAAUAACGUUGAUUUGAUUGUAUGCAGUACUAAGGAGACUAUCAGAAUUUCUUGCUAUUGGUUUGCAUUUUCUUAGUAUAAAUUCAUAGCAAGUUGACCUCAGAGUUCCUGUAUCAGGGAGAUUGUCUGAUUCUCUAAUAAAAGACAAGUCGCUGACCUUGGCCUUGCCCUUUGUACAUGAGUUCCCAGGGUGAGCGGCUUUUGAAUUUAAUAUGAACAUGUACAGCUUGCACAGGGACUCUUGCCUUAAGGAGUGUAAACUUGAUCUGCAUUUGCUGAUUUGUUUAAAAAAAAAUGCAUGUUUCGAAUAAAAUUCUCUAUUGUAAAUAAA